AAUAAAUAUGCACGAAGAGACAAACUCAUUUACUAGUAGUAUAUUAUCUGAUAAUGCAAUGAUGAGUGAAUAAGAUGCUUAAAUGAUAGUUCAAAGUUAUAAUUCAACAAUUCGUAUAUUUAUGUAUAUAUAAGAGAAUCACUUGUUAAAGAGAAUGAUGUAUUAUAAAAGAAAUUAGAUGAGUAUGUAUAAAAUGAGAAAGAGGAAGAAUAAAAAUUAUAGCAAACAAAACAUCAAUAUGAGAAAUAAAUAACAAGAAUGGAAUAAUUAAAAUAAUAAUAAUUAUUGAUAGAUUAAGAAAGAGAGUACAUAUUCAAUAGUAAAUUAUUCGAAUAAUAAAAAUAAUUGGUUCCUAAUGCAAUAAAUUUUAUAUAUGAGUUUUUACACUAAGAUUAAAAAUAACCAUCUUAAACUAAUAUAAUCCAUAAUUAAGGAAUGGAUACUUAAAAUUCAUUAAUGCAAUUUGAUGAAGAAUUAUCUCCUAGAAUAGAAUAAAAUGAUCCAUAAUUACUAAAAGAUUUGAAUAGAUAAAAAGAAGAGCUUGGAAAUUAAAAAAAUCAAUUAAUAUCAUAAAUAUUAGAAUCAAUAGCUAAAUAUGCAGAAUUAUAAUUAUAGAAAUGCUCUAAAAAAGAAUGUCAAUAAUGUCAUCUUUUAUAUAAUCCUAGAACCAAUUAUAUUGUAUAAUAAUAUAUUAUAUUGAAUAGGAUUCUUGUUUAUUUCAUAGUGGUAAAUUAAAGUUCUAUUCUUGUAAAAAAUGUGGAGCAGAUGAUUACUAUACUUGUUGUAAUAAAUGUAUUAGAUGUAGUGAAGGAUGUAAAACUAAUUACCAUUAACCAAAACCAUGAUAUUAUAUAUAUU